GGGCUUUACAAAUGUAGCUUUGAGGGUCCAGCUGUGAGGGGCUGUGUACCACUCUGUGCCCUGCUGCUGCUCAUGGCAGAGUUGAGGGGGGCAGUGUAUGACGGUCUGGUGAUCUCAAGAGACUGCUCCCUAUUGACAGUGUCGAGAAGGUCCCUGCCUACCAGCGCUUCCAUGCCCUGGCCCAGCCUUGCUCCCCGGGCCUAGUCCUGCCCUACAAGUACCAGGUGCUGGCUGAGAUGUUCCGCAGCAUGGACACCAUUGUGGGCAUGCUCCACAACCGCUCUGAAACUGUGACCUUUGCUAAAGUCAAACAAGGUGUCCAGGACAUGAUGCACAAGCGCUUUGAGGAGCGCAAUGUGGGCCAGAUCAAAACUGUGUACCCCACAUCAUACCACUUCCGCCAAGAACGCGAUGUCCCCACCUUCAAAGAUAGCAUCAAGAGAUCUGAUUAUCAGCUCACCAUCGAGCCCUUGCUGGAUCAGG